AUGGAAAAGCAUAGGUUAACGGUUUAUAUAGAAGUAUUAAAUGAAAUGGCAAAUAUAUGUAUUAAACGACAUCUUCAAAAAUGUGAGAAUUUUUUUACAAUUCAAGGUAAAGAAAAAGGUGAUGAAAUACUAAAUAAUACAGAUAGUGAGACUACUAAAGAACGUCAGAAAGCAAGUUUGAAAAAUAAAAAAAGACCUCAAUUAUCCGAAGAUGUAAUUGAACCUCAAGAUUUAAAUGAUAAUAAAAUAGAUGAAAAAAAUGACAGUUUUUUUGAUGAUAGUAUGUCCAUCAUUACUGUAGAUUCUACAAAUUCUAGUAUUCAACGCGGUCCGAUAAAUAAAUUUGCAAUUCGAAAACCAUCUAAAUCACAAGAACGAAAAUGGUGGUAUGUGGUCUUAAAAGCAACAAUUUCUAAUGGGUGGAGUUUCUGUUAG